AUGGACACUAAUGUAAAAAAUAUAACACCAGCACCAUCUAUUGAGGAAGUUUCAUCGAUGCUAAAUAGGAGUCGCCGUGAAUCUCCCACUGAUAAUGCGAGUAAUGUAAAUAAUGCGGGUAGAAAUUUAGAUAAUGUGACAUACUCAUCUUCAUCUGAUUUGGCAAAUAUUACCCCAACCCUUAAUAUGUAUGCAUCACAAAAUGACAGUGAUUUUAGUAUGCCCGAUGGAGGAGGUAGUCAACCACUGGAAUCUAUAAUGAAGAGGGAAAACAUAGGACUUCGAAGAUUCUCGUUAACUUUAUACCGCAAUCGUAAGGAAACAAUGGUGUAUAUAAUGAAGGUUAUGAGAAAAAGUGUAGCCAGCGUUGAAGCGUACCAUCUGGUCGACCGCAGUCAUUUACGGACGGACAAUAACGUUCCCGCUUAUCCAUGA